GAGCACGUCCUGGGAGACGCCGGGCGGAGGCGCCAGCACCCUGGGCUAGCGCGCGGAGCGGAGCGGCCCGGCCAGGAGCGGCGGAGAGUCUGCGCAGGGCUUCCCCUGGACUCCCGGCGGGUGAUGAGAACGCGGCCCCGGGGCGCGCCCUGGCUUGGAGGACUGGGGGAAGCGGGUUCCUGACCCGCCUGCGCUGGUGUGCGGCGCCCAAGGGCGGAAUCCCCGAGGGACCUGCCGGGCUCCAGCUCCCGCCUUUCGGAGCCACCCGUCGCUUCUCUGUAGCCCUGGACCCGGGGCCGAGCAACGCUUCCUGGGACCCCGGGCCUGGGCUUUCCUGCCCCUGGGGUUCGGGAGAAGGACGUGGGGCGCGUUAAAAGGCUGCCCUUGCGGCUUUUCCAUUUAGGGUAAUAGGAGGCGAGGGAUCCCUUAGUUCUUCGGGAGUCGGAGCUGCCCGCUGCGCUUCCUGGACGCGCCCUCCGCAGGGACAAGCUUCGCGCUUUUUAAGAAUGAAGACACUCAAAUGCUGUUUUAAAUAUACCCUACAGCAGAAAGUUUUCAUCUUGUUUUUAACCCUGUGGCUAUUCUCCUUGUUAAAACUUCUAAACGUGGCAAGACUCCUGUUCCCUCCCAGAGGCAUUUACUUGGUAGAGUACUCCUUAAGUACCUCUCCUUUUGUAAGAAACAGAUACACCCGUGUUCAGGAUGAAGUCAGGUAUGAAGUUAACUGUUCAGGUAUCUAUGAGCAGGAGCCUUUGGAAAUUGGCAAGAGUCUGGAAAUAAGAAGAAGAGAAAUCAUCGACUUGGAGGAUGAAGAUGUUGUGGUGAUGACCAGUGACUGUGACAUUUAUCAGACACUAAGAGGAUACACUCAAAAACUUGUUUCGAGAGAGGAGAAAAGCUUCCCAAUUGCCUAUUCAUUGGUCGUGCACAAAGAUGCAAUUAUGGUUGAAAGGCUUAUCCACGCUAUCUACAACCAGCACAAUAUUUACUGCAUCCAUUAUGACCGUAAGUCACCUGAUACUUUCAAAGCUGCCAUGAACAAUUUAGCUAAAUGCUUCUCUAAUAUUUUCAUUGCCUCCAAAUUAGAGGCUGUGGAAUAUGCCCACAUUUCCAGACUGCAAGCUGAUUUAAAUUGCUUGUCAGACCUUCUCAGGUCUUCAGUUCAAUGGAAAUACGUUAUCAACUUGUGUGGUCAAGAUUUUCCCCUGAAGUCAAAUUUUGAGUUAGUGUCGGAGUUGAAGAAACUCAAUGGAGCAAAUAUGUUAGAGACAGUGAAACCCCCUCACAGUAAAACGGAAAGGUUCACUUAUCACCAUGAACUCAGACAUGUGCCUUACGAAUAUGUAAAGAAGCUCCCAAUACGGACAAACAUCUCCAAGGAAGCACCACCUCACAACAUCAAGAUAUUUGUUGGCAGUGCUUAUUUUGUUUUAAGUCGAGCAUUUGUUAAGUAUGUUUUCAAUAACUCCCUCAUUAAAGACUUUUUUGCGUGGUCUAAAGAUACGUAUUCUCCUGAUGAGCACUUUUGGGCUACUUUAAUUCGGGUACCAGGAGUACCUGGGGAGAUUUUCCGAUCAGCCCAGGAUGUGACUGAUCUGCAGAGUAAGACUCGCCUUGUCAAAUGGAAUUAUUACGAAGGUUUUUUCUAUCCCAGUUGUACUGGCUCUCAUCUUCGAAGUGUGUGUAUUUAUGGAGCAGCAGAAUUACGGUGGCUCUUAAAAGAUGGACAUUGGUUUGCUAAUAAAUUUGAUUCUAAGGUGGACCCUGUCUUGAUUAAGUGCUUGGCAGAAAAGCUUGAAGAGCAACAAAGACAGUGGAUCACUUUGUCUUCAGAAAAAUUAUUUAUAGAAAAAAAACCCACAGUCACUUCAUUAUAGUAUAAUCAGGAUGGACAGAAGGGGCUUUCUGAUAAAUGGAAUUAGUACCGAAUUAUAUACUACACCAUGCCCAAUACAACUUGAACUUAAUCCUCUCAUAGUUGCAAAGGUGCCUAAGAGUCUAUGCACAAGUAAAGUGACCUAGCCUUUGAUGAUGGAGCCUACGGCUGAAUGGUUUUGUAAAUGUUUUUAAUCUCACUGAGCUAAAUCAGAGAUCUUAAACAUUCCAUCAGUCAUCAAAUAUUUAUUGAGCCCCUAAGUGUAGAUGAAGCACUUUUUUAGAAAACAUGUAGAAAUUAAAUCUAAAUUGUAAUGAGUUGCACAAUGCCUUCAAGAAAAUGCAGCGUUACCCUCCUCACAUAGCAACCUGAUAUUUUAAGUUCUCCAUACAACGGUCAGGAUUCCCCUGAGGAAGUUUUGGAACCCUGUGGUGAUCCCAUAAGCUGUCCAUUUCAGAGUAGUGUUUAACCACAGUGACCACCAUUCCACUUUCUCUUAAUCCAGCUCCCUAGACUUUUCUUAGCCAUCAUAUUUGGAGGAAGAGAUCCACUACCUCAGAAAAGCUCAAAGAAUUGUCCGAUUUACUGCUUGCCAAAGCAUAAUUUAUCUUUUGGUGCAUCACUUGUUCAAUGGGAGACUCUGAAGGUCGGACAUUAAUAGUGUAUGAAUGUUAGGGAAGGCGACGGCGGGCAAGGAAGGGAUGGGAUGGGUGGUGCCUGGAGAAGAGCAAAGGGAUUUAUAAAAUUUUACAUUGUGUUACACAACAGUGUCAUGGAUGGCCUCCUUUUUAAUUCAACUGCUUUUUUACUUAUUUUGGAAAAUCUUUUUAAUUGUCAGAGGGCACAUUCCCUCCCCCUCCCCCGACCCCUUAC